UUUUUAAUUGGUUUAUUUAAAUAGGGACAUGAUUCCAGCCAAAGAGAUGAAAAAUAUGCAUUGUACAUUAGGAAUAUAUAUAGCAUAUAUAUGCUAAUUUGCAUCUCAGGUCCCUAGAAAGGCUUUUCUAAAAAAAAAAAAAAAAAAAAUCUACAUAAAUUGUUAAAUAUUUUUACCUAUAAAAUGAAUUACAAUUCGAAGAUUCGAGGAAGAAUUGGAGUUUGCCCUCUCUGACUAGUACUAGUAAGAUAACACAUUGUUACAAAGAGCACUAAGCAGUGAAUGACAAAGAGAGAUGGCAUUAAAUUAAUGUUUAAAUCUAAAUAUACGCGCGUAUUAAUAUAAUAAAUGAACACGUGAUAUUUGAGAGUUCAGAUACAUUUGAGAUUUUAUUUUGUUUAUUUUUAUAAUUGUACCGGUCUCCCAAAUGCUAGGUGGCGGUAAUAUAGUAUAGCGUGGAGAGGUCUGAUUCAUUUUUAGCGAAUCGAUUCGUUUCAGUGAACCGGUUCGCAGAAGUCACGGCGUUGCAUUGAAUGCCUUGCAGAUGAGAAAUAAGCAGUUAAAUACCUAUGUUUUUACCAUAUUCUUAUAUACAUCAUAUUGAUUUUGUAAAUGUUCUCCAUAAGAGUCGAGCAAUUUGCAAGAGCUUUGCGAAUCGGUUCAACCGAGUCAUCAAGAAGAAAUGUUUCAAAGGAACCACUCGUUGAUGAAUCGGAUCUCAGACGUGCAGGAGGAGCACGAGAGUUAAAGCUGCUUGAAAACUCUUGCAUAUGCAGCUCUGAUGUAAAUGAAUAAUGAUUAAAGCUCUUUUUAAAGCUUUUGAGGUCAGGUGGAAAUCCUACAGGCACAGAUUUGUCCCCUGGAUAGCUUUAAAUCUGCAGAAAAACGAGAGAACUCUUCGUCAGGUGAAGGAUCGAUCCCAAGACAAGUUAAUUCAGGAUGAGGAGGUGUCCGAAUCUCUCGUGUGUUUAUUCACUGAACUACUGAAAAACGAUCUGAAGAAUCAAAGUGAACUGCUCCGGUUACUCCCUAAAUCCAAACAAAAUAUUUACACUAAUGUAGAGAAUGAAACACAUGCUCCAACUACAGUAAUGUUGAAUACUCUGGGCUUCGUGAUCGAGCGGAAGCGGAGCUCACUACAGCUCGCGGGAACCGGAGUGUUUGUGACGCGAGGACGCGCGCCGAAAGGAAGUAUUGUAGCGAUGUAUCCAGGAACCAUCUAUCAAGCAGAUGAGCCGAUCUUUUUUCAGUCAAUCAGAAAUCCAUUUGUAUUUAGAUGUAUAGAUGGCAUUUUGAUUGAUGGCAAUGACAAAGCCUUGUCCAAGAUAGUGUACCGGUCGUGUAGUGGGCGGGACAGGGUAGGUCCCUUCUGUUUGAGUGACAGCUCCUGGUUGACGCCUCAUCCUGUGAACCCUCUCGCAGUGGGACAGUAUGUCAACAACUGCUCUAAUGAGAAAGCUGCGAAUGUCUGCUAUCAGGAGUUUGACGUGCCGGAUGGAUUUCCUCUUGAGCUCCGUCAAUACCUGCCUAAUGUUAAUUACAGAGCUGAUACUCAAAGGCAAGAUGAUAGAUUUCAUGUGCUAUUGUUAUUAGGACAUUCUGACAUUUUCUUAAUUUCAUCUUGCUUUCUAUUUCAGACCUUUGCGCUGUGUUGUUCUUGUGUCACUAAGAGAUAUUAAUUGUGGCGAAGAACUGUUCUCCAACUACUACACAAUUGUGCAUUAAAUUUUAUUUAAAAGUUGGUGUUCAUUAUAUAUGUAAAACCUUAAAUAUUUAAUGCUUUUCUAAAGCAAAAGUGAGUGUGAAAUACCAAAAAACACUAGAACAGUGUUAUAUAUUAUUUUGUUGACUUGUGUACUUACAUUAUCCCAAAUGUUUCCAAGAAUGUUUAAAUCCAGAGAAAUCAGCAAUUUUAACCAGGAUACGGACCGUAUAUUGGAUUUUCUUUUAUUUUGUAAAAACUAUGGAAAUACAAAAGAUGCUUUAAUAUAUUAUGUGUUUUAUUAGACAAGGGAACAACUGUUUGGAUACAUUCUUCGACAGAAAACUAAUCAUUGUUAUACAGCUAAACACAGUAAGUCUUAUUGUUCAAAUCUUGUUUUCUUGAUUUACCACGAGUACCAUGUUUUACCACGCCUAAUAUCGAUGUAGCUUACUGCAGUGUGCAACAAAUGUCUCAUAGCAGCCGCCGAAUGAACGCAAAGUAGCAUUAUAACAACUUUCAACACUCAAAUGUAUCUAAUAUGAUAAACAGCACUGCUUUACCCCACAAACGCUUGAGCGGAAGAAGCAGAAGCGGCGACUGCGGCAUAAUAAAAGCUCGUGCUCGUCUCUCAUUAGCAAUCGCUCCAGCGGCCUCGUUCCGCUCCAAUACCCUGCUUCAUACUAAAGUAAUGUUAACUGUCCGAGUCUUGUCGGAUUCUUUUCCACCGGCUGUAGACGUGAAGACAACACCUCCCAUGAUUCAGUGGUCAUCAAGCUACGCCUUUGUUUUGAAUAAGUGACCUCUAGUGGUGAAAAAUUACAUAUUGUGCCUUUAACAUGAACCAACUACAGUAUGACCAAUAUAUUUUUAGUGUUUAUUAACCUUUGUUAAUGUUAUUAAAAAUGUUCAUAGUGCAUUAACUACUGUUAACAGACACAACUUUUGAUCAUAAAAAUGCAUUAGUAAAUGUUCCAAUUAAUUAAUGUAGUUAACAAAUGAAACCUUAUUUUAAAGUUUUUAGUGUUUAGUUCAUAAAAAAACAUGAAGGAAUUCGUAUUAAUUACAAAAUUUGUGUGACCAGGGUUACAAAGCAACCAGGGCUGCUAAUUAUUUAAAAUCCUGACCAUAAUUAAGAGGUCUGUUAUUUAAAAUAUUUCAUAAUAUUGUAUUCUAGACAAUGCAGUUAUACAUUACCAAAAAAAUUCCCUGAAAUCAAUUCCAGGGCAAGAAUCUCCACUUUUAUUAAUGUUUUCAGAAGCAACUUGCACCACAAAACACUGUAAAAAUGAGAGCAAUGACUUUCAUAUUGAUAUGAAACCAAGGUUCAUAGGAAUUUUUAAUGUUAAUAUUUUCAUCUUGAUGAAAGUGAAAAUCUUUCAGUAAGUCCUUUUGUAAAGAAAAUCUCCUAGAGAGAAAACUAGAGUUUUCCUGAGAUGUUUAUUUACAAGAAACUACUUAAAAUUAAAUACAUGAUACUUAUGUCCCUGUGGUUCCUCUUACCAUAAAAUUAGCUUUUGAUGUCAGAAAAAGCAAGAAGUUGAACCAAACCCCUAAACAUUUAACAUGUUCUUUUAUCAGAUACUUAAAACUGUGGCUUAUAUCAUAGAAACUAAUAUUUCCUCUACAGAGGACUAAUCAAAGUGAUGCAAACAAAUCAACCACAGCAGCAUCACAAUGCAAAUAAUGAGGCAUCAAAUUUGAGCGUCACAUGUGAAGUACUUCGAUAAACUCAUCGACACGGUUAUAAUAUCUCCAGAACUUUAUUUCUGGAACGGUUUGCCAGUUAAGUACAACAUAAAAUACAAAAUAAAAACCAACAGAACAAGAACAGUGUCUAUGUACAAACAUUAAGAAUGAUAAAAUUUCCUUUUCCAAUAUUAAUUGCCAUUUGAUUGUCUAUUUAACACUAUAACUUUAUUACAAUGAAGUGUUGAAAAACCGAACUUGAACUAAUAAGCGUCCCCCCCUUCAAAAGCAUAAAAGUGAACGAAAACCAAUUUUAUAUUAAACAAAAUAAAAAGCGCAAAACAUUCCAAAGAUAAGGGAGGAUUUUAAAUGUACAUUUUUUUCCCCUGGAAGCAGACAACCAUUACUACAUUACAAUUUCAAUUUUAUGCUAUUACUUUUUUCUUUUUUAUACAAACUUUGGACAUAAAUUACUGCACCAACACAAUUUCCUAAAGCUCUUUUCAUUUCUUGGAGGGACAGGAGAAAUGAAUUGCACAACCUACAGGACUGAAUUGGAGAAUAUUGUAUUUAAAUUGAUCAAUACACAUCCUUCAAGUAUGUCAAGACAAAAAAAAAAAAAUAUGGAGAAUUCUGGCCGCAGAUACAAGGAAACACAAUUUUACAGACACAGCACAAGCCGUCCAAAAGAUCACUGUCCUGGAAAACGUCACAUCGACCAUCCCGAAAUCCUCCGUACGUCAUUCAGAAGCGUUUUCCAGGUCGAUUCAACAUGCAAGUUUUGAAUGAGGGUUAAGGCAACACUGCAAACCGGGCUUCUGCCUUAACCGCAAGACAUUCUUGUCAUCGUACGAGUUCAGUAAAUCCCUAAGAUGCGAUAAUACUGUACAUUCAGCUAGCUCCGCUACUUCCUGUGAAGACGGCGGCGUCCGACGAGGAGCGCACGUUACUUCACUCGUGUACAGAACGCUAACACACUACACCCACUUGCAGUUGAGUGAAUAAAUAAAUAAAUAACUCUCUUCUUAAGCAAAAUCUCUGAUGAGGGAAAAAAUGUCAGUCAAACAAACGGUAAAGGAAGUCGAGAAGGCAUUCUUGUGGCAUACGCAGACUCAAAAGCACAGAAUUUAAGUCUUCAAGUUCAAAUCUGUUUGCCAAGGAAGAAAAAAAAAUGGUUUUCUGUACAUAUAUUUACAAAUUAUUGCCAUACGAGAGUCUGGAAACUUGGAAAAAAAAAAAAAAAAAAAAAGCUGGGGAGGGACAAAAACGAACAAA